CCGCCACAGCACUCCUCGAUUCAUUCAAACCUCCACCUGAACAUUCGGACGUCAUGGGUCUCGUCAUGCUGUGGUGCCUGUCUUGCGUACCCCGUACUUAAGGAGAUCGACAUGGUUGCUGGACUCAAGCACAAUGUCUACUACUACCACUCAACCCACUCAAACCACUCAAGCGCACGGUGUCCAUCCGUCUGCUAUCGGUUCCAACACCGUUCCGCCACAGACGUCGCGAGACGAUGUCGCAGCACCGACACAAGAAACACCCUCCGCGAGUGGCCCUGCUCCUACAGGUAGCGCCUCGGGAGACGUGUCUUCGACGAAUAACGCUGCCGACGACUCCACGAAACCACCUGGCUCUGGCGAGGUUUACCCAGAGCAGAAGCACGCAGGAGCUGUAGGCUACGGCCCGAAUUACAACCAGAAGCCGGGUUUCGCAGACAAGGUCACUGCACUCAAGGAACAGGUCGUCGGCAAGGUCACCAAGAAUCCUGAACUUGUGACGAAAGGCCAUGACCGAUGGACUGGUGAACUGAAAAAGAAGGAGCUGGAUGCCGAUGCAGUGAGCUUACAUUUCAAAGCCGCUGGAUCCUUGCUGAGAUCAGGUGAAGGCCCAGGACCCUUUCGCCAAUCCUGAAGAGAAAGAGAAGGAGAAAGUGCAAGAGAAGGAAGGGAUCGAUGCUGCGCCGUCAGACGCGACGACAAAGACUUCUCCUACAACGCAUCAGCUGAAUCCGACUCCUACUGCGACCAGCACUGCAAGCCAGCCCGGAACUGCGCCAUCACCAUCUGCGGCCGGCGCACCUGUUCCGUCUUCGCGUACAGUAGAGCAGUAGAAGAUUUGUCAGUCGAAAGCCAAGGACACAAGUAAUGUAUCUGUAACGUGUAGUUUCCUGUAAUUGAACACGAGACCAACCAAAUUAUCUGGAU